UUUUUUUUUUUUUGCUUCUAUUACAUUUACAGAUCAAGGUGUUAGGCUUAUACCCCCCUUUUCUGAUUUUGUUAAGAGAGAGAGAGAGAGAGGAGAUGGAGGGAGGUCAUGUGAUCAAAAACCCGUGCAGGAUUUACCCGCGCACCCAUCACGGCAUGAUGGCGAGACCGUUAGACCUAUGGUUAUGUUUGAUGUGGAUAUUCCUGAUUAAUGGUGCUUCAGAUAAUUGUAAGAAACUGUGCUGGCCCAUUGAAGGAAUUUAUGAUUGUACUAAAUCUGGGAGCCGCUGUGUUCGGAUGAUGCGCUCCGCCUAUAUAGACACUGUACGUGAAAUACGGGUUUUCAACUGUGAAGUCCAGCUUGUGACCGACAGGGUGGUAACAAAUUGGCCAGUAAUAAGAGACCGAAAUUUCAACAGGUGCCCACAAUCGAAUGUGUCCUCACCGCCACCGAUAACAACAACAGCUGAAGCCCAGAAGUUGCCAUCACCGCCACCGAUACCAAAAACAGCUGAGACACAGAAGUUGUCAUCACCACCACCGUUAACAACUACAGCUGAGGCCCACAAGUUGCCAUCACCGCCACCGAUAAUAACAACAGCUGAGACCCAGAAGUUGCCAUCACCGCCACCGAUAAUAACAACAGCUGAGACCCAGAAGUUGCCAUCACCACCACCACCAAGCAGGACCUACAACUCCCUAAAUCUUGGUUCUAAAAUUGUUGCAGGUUUCUUAACGUGGGCUCUUAUUACAACCAUGGGAGUUAUUGUAGUUGCUGUUAAACAAUGUAUUAAGAAGAAAUUGCUCCGUUGCCCAUGUGAAUGCAGGAAUAAUCCCCCUAAUGCACCAGAGAACCCCCCUAAUGCACCAGAGAACAUUCCUCUUAACCAUCCACAUACCCCACCUCAGGCGGCAUCGACACCAACCUCCUCCUCAAACCUUAGUCCUACACUUUCACUGGAAACAACUCUGACAACGGAUACCUCCACAACUAGCACUAAAACACUAAUUGAAUCACCUGUUUCAUCUCACACAAGAUUCCAAACUGCUAAAAAAUUAUUUUAGUUAUUUUAAUGAACUGAUAUUGGAGUUUGACACAGCUGAUUUUUUUUCAAAUUUUUCCUUCAAGGAAAGGAAAAAGUGUUCCCAUAUUUGUAUUGUAUGAUUUAUCAAAAGAGUGUUUUUAAACUGUUGUGGAAAAAAAUGUAUGUAGAUGUUAUUUUUCUGCAGUUGUACUGAAGUGACAGCGGUGUAAUUUCAUUUUAGAAUUGUGGGAGGACUGUUUUUAGGUUUUUUGUUAAAGCAAAUCAUUUCAUGUUUGAUGAAGUAAUACUUAUUAUGAAGGUAAUAUAUAUCUUGCAGUUUUUGAAAAGCGUAUUUGCAAAUGAUUUUAGAAAAAAAAUCAUGUGACAGGUCUAAUUCCAAUUUAGUGUACCAGAAUACCGGUAACUGUUGGAAGUCUUCUUUGUAUACAACCAUUUAAUAGGUAUUUUACAUACACUACCUUGUUGACUGAAAUAGAGAUUGGUGAAAGUGGAGAUUUUUAUUUUUCCUUGAAGAAAAGGAAAGGGAAAUCACUCCCAUAUUUGUAUUGUAUGAUUUAUCAAGUGAGUGUUUUUAAACUGUUGUGGAAAAAAAUGUAGAUGUCAUUUUUUCUGCAGUUGUACUGAAGUGACAGAGGUGUAAUUUCAUUUUAGAAUUGUGGGAGGACUGUUUUUAGGUUUUUUGUAAAAGCAAAUCAUUUCAUAUUUGAUGAAGUGAUACUUGUUAUGAAGGGAAUAGAUAUCUUGCAGUUUUUGAAAAGCGUAUUUGCAAAUGAUUUUAGAAAAAAAAUUAUGUGACAGGUCUAAUUCCAAUUUAGUGUACCAGAAUAACUGUUGGAAGUCUUUUUUGUAUACAACCAUUUAAUAGUUAUUUUACACUACCUUGUUGUUUUUUUAUUUUUCCUUGAAGAAAAGGAAAGGGAAAUCACUCCCAUUAUAUCUGAUGAUUUACCAAAUGAGUGUUUUCAAAAUGCUGGAAAAAAUGAAGAUGUAUUUUUUCUGUAGUUUAGACAAUUUUUUUUAAUUAUAUGACGUGUUAUUUUAUUUUUGAAAAAUUCUGAGAUUACUGGUUUAUGUAUUUUUGUCAACAAAACAUUUCAUGUUUGAUGUAUUUAUGUCUACAAAGCAUUUCAUGUUUGUUGACAAGUAUUUUUGUUAUUAAUUAUUAACUUGUGUGAUUUAUAAAAACGCCUGACACAAAAAAGUCUGGUUGUUUAACCCAUAUAUAUUUUUUAGAUGCAACAAAAAAUGUGAUUUUAGCGAUGUUUAAUUUUACUUUUUAUAUAUGAUUAUACAAAUGAUUUGUUUUAAAUCUACCUCAUAUUACCAAUUAAAAGGUUUUUCAAAA